AUGUCCAGAAGUGCUUCAGCAUGUCCUCAAGUGCUUGAGCAUGUUCUCAAGUGCUUCAGCAUGUCCUCAAGUGCUUCAACAUGUCCUCAAGUGCUUGAGCAUAUCCUCAAGUGCUUCAGCAUGUCCUCAAGUGCUUCAGGAUGUCCUCAAGUGCUUCAGCAUGUCCUCAAGUGCUUCAGCAUGUCCUCAAGUGCUUCAGCAUGUCCUCAAGUGCUUCAACAUGUCCAGAAGUGCUUCAGCAUGUCCUCAAGUGCUUCAACAUGUCCUCAAGUGCUUCAACAUGUCCUCAAGUGCUUCAACAUGUCCUCAAGUGCUUCAGCAUGUCCUCAAGUGCUUCAACAUGUCCUCAAGUGCUUCAACAUGUCCUCAAGUGCUUCAACAUGUCCUCAAGUGCUUCAACAUGUCCUCAAGUGCUUCAACAUGUCCCCAAGUGCUUCAACAUGUCCUCAAGUGCUUCAACAUGUCUUCAAGUGCUUCAACAUGUCCAGAAGUGCUUCAGCAUGUCCUCAAGUGCUUCAGAAUGUCCUCAAGUUCUUCAACAUGUCCCCAAGUGCUUCAACAUGUCCUCAAGUGCUUCAGCAUGUCCUCAAGUGCUUCAGCAUGUCCUCAAGUAAUUUAUCCUGUCUGUGUGACGAGAACACACGUGAACACAAAGUUAAGCUUGAGAACACACGUGAACACAAAGUUAAGCUUGAGAACACACGUGUACACAAAGUUAAGCUUGAGAACACACGUGAACACAAAGUUAAGCUUCAGAACACACGUGAACACAAAAUUAAGCUUGAGAACACACGUGAACACAAAGUUAAGCUUGAGAACACACGUGUACACAAAGUUAAGCUUGAGAACACACGUGUACACAAAGUUAAGCUUGAGAACACACGUGAACACAAAGUUAAGCUUGAGAACACACGUGUACACAAAGUUAAGCUUGAGAACACACGUGAACACAAAGUUAAGCUUGAGAACACACGUGUACACAAAGUUAAGCUUGAGAACACACGUGUACACAAAGUUAAGCUUGAGAACACACGUGAACACAAAGUUAAGCUUCAGAACACACGUGAACACAAAAUUAAGCUUGAGAACACACGUGAACACAAAGUUAAGCUUGAGAAUACACGUGUACACAAAGUUAAGCUUGAGAACACACGUGAACACAAGUUAAGCUUGAGAACACACGUGUACACAAAGUUAAGCUUGAGAAACACACGUGAACACAAAGUUAAGCUUGAGAACACACGUGAACACAAAGUUAAGCUUGAGAACACACGUGAACACAAAGUUAAGCUUGAGAACACACGUGAACACAAAGUUAAGCUUGAGAACACACGUGAACACAAAAUUAAGCUUGAGAACACAUGUGAACACAAAAUUAAGCUUGAGAACACUCGUGAACACAAAGUUAAGCUUGAGAACACACGUGAACACAAAGUUAAGCUUGAGAACACACGUGAACACAAAUUUAAGCUUGAGAACACACGUGAACACAAAGUUAAGCUUGAGAACACACGUGAACACAAAGUUAAGCUUGAGAACACACGUGAACACAAAGUUAAGCUUGAGAACACACGUGAACACAAAGUUAAGCUUCAGAACACACGUGAACACAAAGUUAAGCUUCAGAACACACGUGAACACAAAGUUAAGCUUCAGAACACACGUGAACACAAAGUUAAGCUUGAGAGCACACGUGAACACAAAGUUAAGCUUGAGAACACACGUGAACACAAAAUUAAGCUUGAGAACACAUGUGAACACAAAAUUAAGCUUGAGAACACUCGUGAACACAAAGUUAAGCUUGAGAACACACGUGAACACACAGUUAAGCUUGAGAACACACGUGAACACAAAGUUAAGCUUGAGAACACACGUGAACACAAAGUUAAGCUUGAGAACACACGUGAACACAAAGUUAAGCUUGAGAACACACGUGAACACAAAGUUAAGCUUGAGAACACACGUGAACACAAAGUUAAGCUUCAGAACACACGUGAACACAAAGUUAAGCUUCAGAACACACGUGAACACAAAGUUAAGCUUCAGACACACGUGAACACAAAGUUAAGCUUGAGAGCACACGUGAACCAAAGUUAA